AUGGCUGCUAGAGUGUUGCUACAACGGCAAAAGCGCGCCGCGCCGUUGGCAGCGACCGUCGUGAUGGGAUUCGCCCUGGCUCCCCGGACUGUCCAUGCUGAAGCUCCCGAGACCGCCCAGUCUAAGAAGCCGAUUUACGACGAGCCGGCGCCUCUCCCGACCAGCGGAACCCUCCCUCCCCCUCCCCCGACGGAACAGCUCCCUCCGGCCGAGGAGCCAUCCAAGCCCCGAGGACCUACGCCUACCGAACGUCUGGCCGUCCAGAUCGGCAAGGCCCGCUUGGGUCUGUACCAGUACGCCGUCGGCGCUGAGGAUGCCGUCAACCGCACGAUGGACCGCGCCUUCAACCUCGAGCAAUCUUUCACCAGCACGAUCGCAUCCCUGGCACCUCCCCGCGAGAGCGGCGAGAAGCUGAUGCCCGGCGCCAUCUACGUCCUCGUCGCUGCCAUGGCAGGCAGCAUCAUCACCCGCAACCGCAGUGUCAUUCUCCGCGCCACCGCACCCUUGGCCCUUGGUAUCACCGCCGGCUGGACUGUUCUGCCCAUUACCAUGGGCAAUGUUUCCAACCUUGCCUGGAAGUACGAGCAGCGCUUCCCUGUCAUCGCCCAGGGACAUCUCCAGAUUCGCCAGAGCAUCGAGGACAGCUUGAGGGCGGCAAAGAUUCACAGCCAGAUUGGUGUACGAUAUGUCGAUGAGAAAGUCACGGAUGCUCGUGAGACUGUUGAGGACUGGGUGAAGAAGGGCAAAUAA